GGGAGACUCUUAGCAGCAACCAAAGCAAGAAAAAAAAACAAUCAAUGGGGUAUCCAAUGGCCUCUUUAGCAGCAACUUUGCUUGUUUUGACAAUCUCUCUCACCUUUGUAUCUCAAUCCACCGCUAACUACUUAUAUUCUUCUCCCCCACCACCUGUAAAGCACUACGAAUACAAAUCACCACCUCCUCCGGUUAAGCACUACUCUCCCCCUCCGGUUUAUCAUUCUCCACCACCACCUAAAAAACACUAUGAAUACAAAUCUCCACCUCCUCCAGUUAAACACUACUCUCCACCACCUGUUUACCAUUCUCCACCACCACCAAAGAAACACUACGUGUACAAGUCCCCUCCUCCUCCGGUGAAGCAUUACUCUCCCCCUCCGGUUUACCAUUCCCCACCACCACCAAAGAAACAUUACGUGUACAAAUCCCCUCCUCCUCCGGUUAAGCACUACUCUCCUCCUCCGGUUUACCACUCUCCACCACCACCCAAGAAACAUUACGUAUACAAAUCUCCUCCUCCUCCGGUUAAGCACUACUCACCCCCUCCAGUUUACCAUUCUCCACCCCCACCUAAAAAGCACUACGUCUACAAAUCUCCACCACCACCGGUUAAACACUAUUCUCCUCCCCCGGUUUACCACUCUCCACCACCACCAAAGAAACACUACGUGUACAAAUCUCCUCCUCCUCCUGUCAAACACUAUUCUCCUCCCCCGGUUUACCACUCUCCACCACCACCAAAGAAACACUAUGUGUACAAAUCCCCUCCUCCUCCGGUGAAGCAUUAUUCUCCCCCUCCGGUUUACCAUUCCCCACCACCACCAAAGAAACAUUACGUCUACAAAUCCCCUCCUCCUCCUGUUAAGCACUACUCUCCUCCUCCGGUUUACCACUCUCCACCACCACCAAAAAAACAUUACGUAUACAAAUCCCCUCCUCCUCCGGUCAAGCACUAUUCUCCUCCUCCAGUUUACCAUUCCCCACCACCACCAAAGGAAAAGUACGUAUAUAAAUCACCUCCUCCUCCUCCAGUCCACCGCUACUCUCCCCCACACCAUCCUUACCUCUACAAAUCUCCUCCUCCUCCGUACCACUAUUAGAAUUCUCUGUCACGGAGAACACGAUGUGCACAAGAUGACAAGUCAAGACGGAAUCCAUAAUAAAGAGAAACAUAGAGUAAAAGACAGAGUCCUUAUGUAAUACUAAGCUUUCUCAGUAUCUUCAACGUAUUUUUACUUUUUUUUUGCAAUAAAUUUGAAACAUGUGUGUGUUGAUCAACUAAUGGUCCUUCAUGCACGCAGUCUGUAGUCUUAUAAAUGUUUGUAAGUUUUACGUCUUGUUUCUUUCUGAUUUCUUUCAUGUGCAAGUUUGUAUUACUAAAAAGACCAUAAAUAAUAAGUUUGUAUUUCUUCAA